CACCUUUAAUCUAUCGACAAGGACGAUCACUUCAGCUGUCAUAGCCUUCCUUCAUAUACAGUUUACAAUAUGAGAUACUCUUCCCUAGCAGUUACUGUUGCCGGUGCCGGUCUAGCAACCGCGCACACGAUAUUCGUGCAACUCGAGGCCGAUAGUGUGACGAAUCCAGUCUCAUACGGCAUCAGAACCCCAACCUAUGACGGACCUAUCACCGAUGUGACGACCAACGAUGUCGCUUGCAACGGCGGACCCAACCCGACUACGCCGUCCGACAAGAUCAUCAACGUCAAAGCCGGCUCCACAGUCAAUGCGAUUUGGAGACAUACCCUGACUUCCGGACCAAACGAUGUUAUGGACGCCAGCCAUCUUGGCCCAACACUAGCCUAUCUCAAGAAGGUCGACAACGCAGCGACCGACGUGGGAUACGGUAACGGCUGGUUCAAGAUCCAGGAAGAUGGUUACACUAACGGAGUCUGGGGUACCUCCAACGUUAUCAAUAACCAAGGAAAGCAUCCGAUCACGAUCCCCGACUGUCUGCCGGAUGGCCAAUACCUUCUGCGCGCGGAGAUGAUCGCAUUACACGGCGCCAGCUCUGCCAACGGAGCGCAACUUUAUAUGGAAUGCGCACAAAUCAACAUCUCCGGAGGCUCGGCGACGAAAACGCCCACGACUUACAGCCUUCCAGGUAUUUACAAGCAGAAUGACCCCGGUAUUCUCAUCAACAUCUACUCCAUGAGCAAGGAUAGCCAAUACGUUAUCCCCGGCCCCGACCCAUUCACCUGCGCAGCGAGUUCCAGCGCCGGCUCCCAAACCGCGGUGAAGUCUUCCACGACACUAGUAACCUCCGCCAAGACCUCAGCGGCCGCUACAUCGCCCACCGCACCCUCGGCCUGCAGCGGGGCUCAAUUCGAGCAAUGCGGGGGGUCCGGGUUCACGGGAUGCACGUCGUGUGCUAGCGGGUUCACAUGCACGAAACAGAACGAGUAUUAUUCGCAGUGUGCGUGAAUUAUAGGUGCAGGAAGUUAAUAUUCAUACCUACCUAUUGCUUUAAUGCGAUCAUUGCUCUUUACUCGUCAUCGCUAG